AUGGGACCCCUGCAGCCAGGGGCAAGCUCCAGCCCUGCCUGCCCCAGCCAGGACCCGGCACUGGUGAUGGAGCUCCGUGAAAGCACUUCCAGCAUCACUGUGGAGCGGCUCAAGAAGGGGGCCAACAAGAGUAAGCAGGUGGAUCUCCAGCUCGUAUUUGCCCUUAACCCUCACCUGGCGCCAAGGAGCAUGUCCAUGACCAGCAUUGAGGCCCCACUAUCAGCAAAAGGGGACCAGAGCCUGCCGAGUGAAUGGCUGUCACAGCCCAUCAAAGUCAAGAAGCCAUCUGGGGACAGCAGGGGCCCCGUGGCUGCCCGGUCUGGCUCCAGGGGCUGCAGACCCAGGGGGACAUCACCAUUUGGGCGGCAGUUAGAAAGGCUGCGAGAACACUGGGAAUGCUGGCGGCUGGAGAUGCGGGAGCAGCAAGCCCAGCAGGCCACUGCUUCACUCCACCCCGGGACAGAUGUGAUGGCCACGAUCCAGAAGUGCCACAGCCACCUGGACUGCGAGGCAUUGCGGGCCACCACGCCAUGCCGGCCCCAUCGCAUCUGCAUGUGUGUUCGGAAGCGGUCACUGAACCUACGGGAGGCUAAGCUCAACGAAUUCGAUGUAGUGACAGUCCUCUGCCAUGACUUGGUGAUGGUGCACGAAGCUAAGCAGAAGCCGGACCACCAGGUCUUCCGCUUUGACCAUGCUUUUGAUGAUUGUGCCACCAAUGCGCUGGUGUACAGGCACACUGCCCAGCCCCUGGUGGAGAAUUUCCAGGGCAGUAUGGCUACCUGCUUCGCCUGUGGCCAGGCAGGGAGCGGCAAGACGCACACCACGAGGGGAAGUUUCUCUACCAAGAACUCUGAGCCCUCCUAGAUCUCUGUCCUGGUUGCCGAGGAUGUCUUCCACAGGCUGCAGGACCCCAGCUGCCAGAAACUGGAGCUUUGAGUCUAUGGGGCCGCCUUUGAGAUUUAUGGGAGCAAAGCGUUUGACCUUCUGAACUGGAAGAAGCAGCUGAGAGUGCUGGAAGAUGGUAAACAGCAGAUCCAAGUGGUGGGCCUGUGGGAGGAAAAAGUUACCAGCGUGGAAGAUGUCAUCAAGCUAAUUGAAACGGUUAGCAAGUGUUGCACGUCAGGCAAGACCUCUGCCAACACUCACUCCCCCUGGAGCCAUGCCGUCUUCCAGAUCACACUCAAGAAGAGACGGCAUUUGUAUGGCAAGUUUUCCUCGAUUGAUUUGGCUGGGAAUGAGCGAGGAGCUAACAUCUCCACUGCAGACAGGCAAACAAGGCUGGAGGGGGCUGAUACUAAUAAAAGCCUCUUGGGACUCAAAGAGUGUAUCCAGGUAUUGAGGCAUAACAGAGCCCGCCCAUUCAGGGCUAGCAAACUCACCCAGGUCCUGAGGGACUCGUUUAUAGGGGAAAACUGUACCUGCAUGAUUGUCACUAUCUCUCCAGGAAUGAGAUCCUGUGAGCACAUCCUUAACACCCUACGGUAUGCCAGCCAUGUGAUGGAGCUGGUGGUGAAUUUAAAUUCCGUUGGACAGCCCUGUCAGGAGGUGUUCAGGUUCCCAUAGUUACAGCUAUUUGGGGUACAGGCAGACAAGGAAGUCUCCCCUCAGUUAUUUACUUUCAGUACUGGGGGGGAAACACAGAAGAGAAAAGAGGUGGAUGAGAAAAUGCUUCUGGAGAAGCAUUGGGAAGCUCUGUGACGGUUGAAAGUAUUCUUAGAAGCGGCUGGGGAAAUAGACUACAAUGUAGAUUUUUACGCUGCACAGUUUGAAUCAGUUCUGGGUCAAAAAACUGGCAUCCUGACCAAGAUCCAAGAAAAAGUCAGAUUAUUCCGGUCAGCUCUUUGCAAGGAAGAACGGGGCAGCAACCAGAGCUGCACGAAGAGAUCCUGUAUGCCGUAA